AUGGAAGUCAUCCUCAAACAAUUCCACAUUGCUAUACCCAAGUUCCUUCGGUGGCACAACAAGCAGGCCAAGCCCACCGAGAACACCAAGAUCAGGAAGAUCAUAGGCAGGGUCCCAGCCGAGGGUUUCGUCCGCACUGAUAUUGAAGGACUGAACCUCAAGGGCCAGUCUCAGAUGUCCAGUGAAGCCCUGAAGCCCACGCCAGUCGAAAGACAGGCUUCUGGCAGCGUGAGAAAUAUACGGUCCGUCAGGAAGGACUCUUCUGCUUCACUUUUGCGCGCAGACACGGCUCUUGACCUUCUUGCUGUGGGUACCCUGUUACGCUGA